AUGAGAGAAAUCUUGCACAUUCAGGGAGGCCAAUGCGGGAACCAAAUUGGGUCGAAAUUCUGGGAAGUAAUCUGUGAUGAGCACGGGAUUGAUCCGACAGGUAGGUACAAGGGUGAGUCUGGUGACGGUUCGUUCGAUCUCCAGUUAGAGAGGAUCAAUGUGUAUUACAAUGAGGCCUCCGGCGGAAGGUAUGUUCCGCGGGCUGUUUUAAUGGAUCUCGAGCCUGGGACGAUGGAUUCCAUCAGAUCCGGCCCGUAUGGGCAGAUCUUCCGGCCGGAUAACUUUGUUUUUGGGCAGUCUGGGGCGGGGAAUAAUUGGGCCAAGGGGCAUUAUACGGAAGGCGCUGAGUUGAUUGAUGCCGUUCUUGAUGUUGUGCGGAAAGAGGCGGAAAAUUGUGACUGCUUGCAAGGAUUUCAAGUAUGUCACUCACUUGGAGGGGGGACAGGUUCUGGCAUGGGUACCCUCUUAAUUUCAAAGAUAAGAGAGGAAUACCCAGACAGAAUGAUGCUCACUUUCUCUGUUUUUCCAUCACCAAAGGUCUCGGACACUGUCGUAGAACCCUAUAACGCUACACUUUCAGUGCACCAGUUGGUGGAAAAUGCAGAUGAAUGUAUGGUUCUUGACAACGAAGCACUCUAUGACAUCUGUUUCAGGACCUUGAAGCUUAGUAAUCCAAGCUUUGGUGAUUUGAACCAUCUGAUCUCUGCAACUAUGAGUGGUGUAACCUGUUGCUUGAGAUUUCCUGGCCAGCUGAACUCAGACCUCAGGAAGCUCGCUGUGAACUUGAUCCCUUUCCCGCGUCUUCAUUUCUUCAUGGUUGGAUUUGCGCCACUCACCUCUCGUGGAUCACAGCACUACCUCUCUCUCACUGUCCCGGAGCUAACUCAACAAAUGUGGGACUCGAAGAACAUGAUGUGUGCUGCUGACCCGCGCCAUGGCCGCUACCUGACAGCCUCUGCCAUGUUCAGAGGGAAAAUGAGCACCAAAGAGGUCGAUGAACAGAUGCUUAACGUUCAGAACAAGAACUCAUCAUACUUCGUCGAAUGGAUUCCGAAUAAUGUGAAGUCUAGUGUUUGUGACGUCCCACCAACUGGCCUGAAAAUGGCAUCCACUUUUGUAGGUAAUUCAACUUCGAUUCAAGAAAUGUUCAGGAGAGUGAGUGAGCAGUUCACGGCCAUGUUUCGACGCAAGGCCUUCUUGCACUGGUACACUGGAGAAGGGAUGGAUGAAAUGGAGUUCACUGAAGCUGAGAGUAAUAUGAAUGAUCUGGUUGCUGAAUACCAGCAAUACCAGGAUGCUACUGCGGAGGACGAAGAAGACUAUGAUGAUGAGGGUGAUGAAGAGCAGUACGAAGGCUAA